GAGCGCGCCGCGAGCGCACGCGAGUGAGUGAGUGAGUGCCAGUGGGGCCAAGCCCAGCCUUCCAACCAUACUCAACGGAAACAUUGAACCCCAGAUGGGAGUUUACGAGGACAGGGGAGCGAUGCACUGGCAGCAACAGAACGAUCGGUACCUGUCAUCGUACUCGGGCGGCGGCGCGGCUGGCGCGGGCGAGGGCGAGUCUCUGUCGCCGGCGGGUGCGGGCGCGGGCGCGGGGGCGGGCGCGGCGCUGUCGCCCGGGUCGCCGCGCGCGUGCACGUCGUGCCGCAAGCGCGAGCCGCCCGACGAGCCGGACGAGUGCGCGUGCGCGGGGUGCGGCGCGCGCAUCACCGACCGCUACUACCUGCUGGCGCUCGAGCGCCGCUGGCACACGCCCUGCCUGCGCUGCUGCGAGUGCAAGAUGCCGCUUGACUCCGAGCAGCGCUGCUACGCGAGGGACAGCAAUAUAUUCUGCAAGAACGACUAUUUCAGGUUAUACGGAUCAAAACGCUGUGCGCGCUGCAACACACCAAUCUCGGCGUCGGAGCUAGUGAUGCGGGCGCGGGACCUGGUGUUCCACGUGCCCUGCUUCUCGUGCGCGCUCUGCAGCACGCUGCUCACCAAGGGGGACACCUUCGGCAUCAGGGACUCGGCGGUAUACUGCAGGUUACACUACGAGACGAUGCCGGAGUACGGCCCCCACCUGGCGGUGCCGGGGCCCCCGCAGCUGUGCCCGGGCCCCUACGUGCCCCCCGCGCACUACCCCCCGUACCCCUCCCCCGAGUUUCGGGGCGAGGACAAGGGCUUCUUCAACGGGGCCGCUGCUCCCCCGCCCCGACAGAAAGGACGGCCCAGGAAGAAAAAGCCGAAGGAUCAGGAGAUCAUGACUGCGAAUCUUGAUCUGAACCCCGAGUACCUGGAGCUGGGGUUCCGCGGCGGCGGCGGGCUGGGGUCGACGUCGCGCACCAAGCGCAUGCGCACCAGCUUCAAGCACCACCAGCUGCGCACUAUGAAGUCUUACUUCGCCAUCAACCACAACCCCGACGCUAAGGACCUCAAACAGCUCAGCCAGAAGACGGGCCUGCCCAAGCGGGUGCUGCAGGUAUGGUUCCAGAACGCGCGCGCGAAAUGGCGGCGGAUGGUGACCAAGCAGGAGAGCAAGAUGGCGGACAAGUGCUCGCCCGACGCCUCGCUCGAGAUGGACAUGUACCACGGCCCCAUGGGCUCCAUCCAGUCGCUGCCCCCCCACAGCCCCCCCUACAGCGUCAUGGGGGGGCCCCCCAGCCCCAACUCUAUGGACUGUCCAUAGCCACAGUUUUGCGCUUUGUGAGCGCACUAGUGACGAGACACUGCUUGUGAGUGACCAAGGAACGAGAACACGUUACAAAUUAUUACGUUAUAUCGACUUCAUCAAGUUAGUUCUAGUUUAUUUGCGUUGUUAAGUGUACUUACAUAAAUGUUUGGCGAUAAAGACACAUGCUCAUAAAACUGUAAACACUAAAAGACGGUAAUUUUUCCGUGCAAUAAGUAGUCUUGUACUUUACAUUUCAUCGUAUUUGUUAACCAUUAUGAAAUAUUGCAGUAUUAUGAUGUAAAAAUAUUUGAAAGAAUCCAAUCCAAUAUUGAUCCGUAAAGGUCGAAGUAUAGUAAGUACUUAUUAUUAUACCAUAGAUUAAAUAUAAGAUCAUAUCAUCCCAUACAUUAAAAUGCGACCGCCUAAGAACGCGCAUACAC